AUUGUGGACAUUUAGAGAUACUGCUGACAAUGAGUUCAUGGAUGACAUGUGUAUUGAUAUUAAUUGUGGGAUCAAUUGGCAGCCAAUGCUUACGAAGACAGGUGUCAUCCCGUGAUUGGCCCGAAGAUGAGCCCGAAUACGAGAUCAUUGAUCCCAAUAAACCCGAAGUAUCCUUUAGGUCGUCCACUACAUCCAGACCCCCGGCUCCUGUAGGACCUACCAGUGCCCCGGUCUGGAGCUGUGGGUUCGAUGGCCACGACUGCGGGAUCACUAACGACCAGAUCGUGGGCUCGUAUUUCGUACUCAAAACCAAUCAAAUGAGACCUCUUUUAGGCAAAAGACAUUAUCUUUUGCUCAAUAUUACAGACAUUAAGCCAUUGUCUUCCGGUGCGCGACUCAUCACUCCUUACUUCGAGACCAGACAUUCCCCUCAAGGCUGUCUAACCAUUGAUUACGUGAUAAGAGGGAAAGGCGUGAAAGACAUGAUUGUAUGGCAACAAGAAAAGGAAAAUCGAUGUCUUUGGAGCCAAGGAUCAGACCACUCAUCGGGUGUUGAGACACCACCGCAAGAGUGGCGCAAAUUGUCUCUUAGUAUUGAUCUGACGUACGGUUCGCCGCGUUUUUUCAUCGAAACUCAUUUCGAUAACAGACCCCCGAAUGAGGGUUUGGUCGCCAUUUCAGAGAUCCAGUUCUUGUACACCCAAUGCAGACAUAACUUUGUCAACAAUUGUGGUCAACACAGGACUAGUACUGAAGAUCCAGACCUCAGUACUGAUGAUUACGUCAAUGAUUUGCCAUAA